CGGUUCAUCAAACAUAUAAUACCGGUGCGAGUGAUGGGUAGACACAACACGUUCGCUGGUAAUCGGCACCCAUGAAGGCCAGUCGUCUCAAGGUUUUCGGCGACAACCCAUAUGUAUAUAAAGCGGACACCCGUUCUCUACCGAUCCACUCACCACUACACCUCACACUCCAUUUCCUUUAGCCUCACAAAAAAAGUGCCAAAACUUUUUCCCCGCAACCGCUAUAUAAUGUUCUCAGCCGUAAUCCUCGCCCUCAUCUCCGUAGCGUCGGCACAGUUCGUGUCGAACUACCCGUCCACCUAUGGAUCCGUGAACCCGAUCGUCAGCCAGAACCUCGUGCCCCACGUCAACCAUAACUACCAA